ACACCGGAAACGGAAACAAAAAGUCAGAUGGAAAGUCCUACUUCAAAGAAAACGCGGGUGAUUUGUGUCUAAAACAGAUGUAACCCGUUUAGUUAAGACUUCCUGAACCACUUAAACCAGGUUAAAACCCCGGAGGCUAACACCGAUGCUGACGCGGGUACUCUUAACUACUGCAGCUAGUUACCGUAACUAGCCGGACACCUGCAUUCUGGGUGGUUUCAGUUGUAACAGCCGCCGCUCCAGUGAGGAUGAGCUGCUCCACUCUUCAUUCUCCUCCCCCAUCUCCUCACCCUGUCCCAUUGCCUAUCUCCUCUUCUUCUGUGACCAGCUGUCCUGAACUGGACUUGUCAGUCACUCUUAGCCCCACCCCCAUGAUUGACGACACACAACAAAAGCUCCGCACACUGAAGCAGAGUGUGCUAAAUGAGCAAUCUCAGAUGAAUCGUUGCCAAAGCGGCCCGGCUGGGAACAAGAGGAGCACAAAGGAGAUGUCUGAAGAUCCAGUGACCAUUACAGGAACAGCUGAGCCGCAGAAACUUCUUCCACUGCAGCCAGUUUUGAGACCUCACAGACAUUUGGUGGAACCUUCUUCUGCUCUGUCCAAUCAGCAUCCAAGCUGCCUGGAGAGGGCGGGGCUAAACACCACACUGGCGUUGAAGGCAAACCUUCAGUCACUGCAGGAUGCAGAGUUUAACUCUCAGAAAGUCCUUCAGGAGACUCUACAGAAGUCAGCGAGGACCAAGAGCCUGAUCAACACCAGAGCUACUGAAGUGGUGAAUGUCUCCCGCUCUCAGCUGCUGUUCACGUCGCUGGUCAGUGUUGAUGUUCAGGAGGAUCAGCUCAUCAGUCAGGUGCUGCAGGACCGUCUCCUCCUGGCCCCCCCACCCUGCUGUAAAGACACCAAGACAACUGAGGGACCCUCACUCCUCUUUAUGACCUCUGACCUGAUCCAUCAGAAGCCCCUCCCACUUAACGAGGAGCCGGUGUGCAAACGUUUGCCAGUGCCCUGCCCUGCCUACUCCACCUUUGACCUGUACAGCAGACAGAAAUGCUGGGAGGCUACACUGUAAAACACACAGCUGUGUAAAGACGAGUUUUAUAUUUGUUAAUAAAACCUUUUGAUAGUU